ACCAUAACAAUCAACCUAACCUAACAAAUUCACGAAGGAAGUCAUGGUGGAAUUGGAUCUGUGGGAGGGUUAAAGUUCAGUACUUGUGUUUCAUACUUAAAAUUAAUGUAAUUUAAAAAAUAUAAUUUAAAAAAAAUCACAUUUCCAGGUCUUAUAGAAUUAUUUACAAAUUACAAUAUGCUGAGCACUCUAAAAAAUUUGUUUUAAAACUGAUUCCUUGUUUGGUGUUUCUUUUUAUCAAGGGGUAAACCAUUCCUGUGACGAUAUAGCUUUAUAUUUAUCGGAAUAUACUGGAGGAAGUGUUGAUAUUACAAUGGAUGAAAAAUCAGGAAUUGCAACUUUACUCCUAAACCACCCUGAAAAGAAAAAUUCUAUCACAGGUAAGGAAAAAUGAUGGUGGACUUGGCAAAUGCCAUAAAACAGCUGGAAAGUUGGGAGACUGGUAAGGGAAUUUUGAUUUAUGGAGCAGAUAAUAACUUUUGCUCAGGAGGUGAUUUGAACUUUGCACAGAAGACAGGAACGGCUGAAGGUGGCUAUAAAAUGGCAACAUUCAUGCAAAAUGUACUAACUCGUCUCCAGCACUUACCCAUGUUGUCGGUUGCAUUCAUCGAGGGAUACGCAAUCGGAGGAGGAGCAGAACUGGCAAUAUCUUGUGACUUCCGUUUGUUCUCAAACAAAGAUGCAGCUAUGGGAUUUGUGCACAGUAAGAUGGGGAUUAUCCCGGCGUGGGGAGGCCUGACUACAGCCAUACAGACACUGGGGUACCGGACAGCUCUGGACUUGGUGACAACAGCACGAGUGGUGCGAGCGGCGGAGGCUGAGCAGCUGGGUCUGAGCGAUGCAAUGGUGUGUGAUCUGAGUGGUGCGUUGGACUGGUUGGCGCAGCGCACUCAACAUGAUGUUAGUGUAGUCAGAGCCGCUAAGUGUGUAGCAAACAACACAAGACAGCAGGGUAGUGACAACCUACUCGACUUUGAGAAGAGAGUGUUCUCCCCGCUGUGGGGUGGUCCGGCCAACAAAUUGGCUUUGAGCCAGAGAAUAAAACACAAAUAAGCAUUGUAGAUUGAUACAUACAAACUUAGCAAACUGCAAAGAUCUGUUCCCUGUAACUUUACAACAUGGAAAUAAUAUAUGUACUUUAGUACAGUAUAUUUUAUUAAAAUUUUACUUUUUGAUAUUAUCAA